CAACUAGGAGACAGCCUCGGGGCGGGGCUUCGACGUUCGGCGCGAAAAUUUCUCUUCACCUUCAUUCCAUCGCUAGUGAGGGUCCCGUUUCCGCUGCCCGCGCGGCCACUUGGCUGCUAGAGGAGUCCAGCUGGUGCAGCUAUUCAAAAUACUUACAUCCAGGACCUGUUAGCUACCCCCCAAAAAAUACCCCUUACAACUGUCAGAGCAAUACAGAGUUAGUGACUUUUACACAGGAGCCAUGGUGUACUGCUCUACAAGGCUGAAGAGCAGACCGACUUAUUCGUGGGUUGGCAGCCCGUUGUUGGAUCGAAAACUACACUACCAAACCUACAAAGAAAUGAGUGUGACAUCAAAAGGUUGUUCGACUGGGAUUCGCAUUCAAGUUGGACAGUUUGUGUUGGUUGAAGGGAAUGAUGAUGAAAAUCCGUAUGUUGCUAAAUUGAUUGAGCUGUUUGAAGAUGUUUCUGAACCUUAUUGCAAGAAACGUGCUCGAGUACAGUGGUUUAUCCGAUUCUGUGAAAUUUCUGUCAGUAAACAGCAUUUGCUGGGUCGGAAGCCUGAUGUGCAGGAAAUAUUCUGGUAUGAUUACCCUGCCUGUAACAGCAACAUUGAUGCCGAGACCAUCUCUGGCCCUGUGCAGGUAGUAGCUUUAGCCCCAGAUGAAGUGUUACCUACAGCUCUGAAAAAUGAGAAGACGUUCUUUGUGAAACUGUCUUGGAAUGAGGAGAACUUCAAACCACUAUCCCCAGAAUUGUUUGCAGAGUUGAAUAAGCUACAAGAAGGCAGUCCUAGAGGCCAGAAGCCCAUGAAAACCAAGAAUAGCAGCAUAGACAGCCCUUCUUGGACCACGGCAAAGCAUGGUGUCAAAAGGAUUGAAUUGAGGCACUCGACCUCCAAAUCUCACCAAAUUCCUACCCAUCUUGUUACCCCAAGGGCAAGGAAGAGGCUAGAGCUUGGAAGUUUCCCUGUGACACCUCACACUAGGAUUUCCCAGCAGACUUCUCAGGUGUCUUUGGAGUCUCCCAGAAGGACUAAACGGAAAGUGGCCUCUGAGAUCACCUCACCUUCUAAGAGGUCUCAGCCUGAUGGACUCCAGACCUCAUCUCCAGCUCUGAAAGCCCCAGAGAAAACGGGGGAGAGGCGACGCUCCUGUGCUGAGCAAGACAAGGCUUCACAUGAACGUCCCAUGAUCCUGAGAACCCGGGUCCCAGCUUUGAAAACCACAGAGAUUAGUCAGGAAAUAACACUUGACCCUUUAAGAGGGGGAAAGAGAAGCUCCGUGGUGCCUUCUGUGUUUCUGAAACCACAAAAGAUAAAAAAGAGGGAGGCACAGACGCCAGACGCUCAGGAUGAAGCCACCUCCACUCCCCAUCGUAUCCGCAGAAAGAGUUCUCUCUUGACUUUGAAUCGGAUCAGGCAGCAGCUUCGGUUUUUAGAUAAUAGCAAAAAUGACAAAGAAGAGGAAGAAUUUCUGCCUGCAGCAGAGAUUGCAGACUCGGACAGUGAGGAGGAAGAGGCUUCGGCACCAUCCCUUCCAAGGAAAACACGCAGUUGUGUGUCCAGGAACCUACACUCUUCCACGAAGUCGUCCUUACACACCCCCUCCAAGACACCAAAGAAAACCCCCAAGCCUAGAAUGCCACAUUCUGCCACUCCCCAGAUCCGCAGCCGAAACCUGGCUGUCCGGGGCCCUGCCAGCGUGCUAGAGGAGGCGCGGCUAAGUCUGCAUGUUUCUGCUGUACCUGACUCUCUUCCCUGUCGGGAAAAGGAAUUCCAAGAUAUCUACAACUUUGUGGAAAGCAAACUCCUUGAUCAUACUGGAGGGUGCAUGUAUAUCUCUGGGGUACCUGGGACUGGGAAGACUGCCACUGUACACGAGGUAAUACACUGUCUGCAGCAGGCGGCCCAAGCAAAUGAUGUUCCUCCCUUUCAAUACAUUGAAGUCAAUGGCAUGAAACUGACAGAGCCCCACCAAGUCUACGUGCAGAUCUUGCAGAAGAUGACAGGCCAAAAGGCAACAGCUAACCAUGCAGCCGAACUGCUGGCAAAGCGAUUUCGCACCCAAGGGUCCUCUCAGGAAACCACCGUGCUGCUUGUGGAUGAGCUUGACCUUCUGUGGACUCAGAAACAAGACGUAAUGUACAAUCUCUUUGACUGGCCCACUCACAAGGAGGCCCAGCUUGUGGUCCUGACCAUUGCCAACACGAUGGACCUGCCCGAGCGCAUCAUGAUGAACCGGGUGUCAAGCCGACUGGGUUUCACCAGGAUGGCCUUCCAGCCCUACACUUACAGGCAGCUGCAGCAGAUCCUAAUGUCCCGACUCAAACACUUAAAGGCCUUUGAGGAUGAUGCCAUCCAGCUGGUUGCCAGGAAGGUAGCAGCCCUCUCUGGAGAUGCACGACGCUGCCUGGACAUCUGCAGGCGUGCCACCGAGAUCUGUGAGUCCUCCUGCCAGAAUCCCGGCUCCCCUGGCCAGGUCACGGUGGCCCACUUGCUGAAAGCGGUAGAUGAGAUGUUUUCAUCGGCGUACAUCACUGCCAUCAAAAAUUCCUCUGUUAUGGAACAGAGCUUCCUGAGAGCGAUCCUUGCAGAAUUCCGUCGAUCGGGACUGGAGGAAGCAACAUUUCAACAGGUAUACAGGCAGCACGUGGAGCUGUGCAGGAUGGAGGGGCUCCCAUACCCCACCAUGUCAGAGACCAUGGCCGUGUGCUCUCACCUGGGCUCCUGCCGCCUCCUCCUUGUGGAGCCCAGCAGGAAUGACCUGCUCCUUCGCGUGCGGCUCAACGUCAGCCAGGGCGAUGUGCUGUACGCCCUGAAAGAAGAGUGAAGAGCUUCGCAAGGAAGGACAGCUGAUUUUAAAGAACAUGAUUUUAUUUUUCUAAGCACAUGGAAUUUUUGUGGCAAAAUAUAAUGAAGGGAAAUAACUACCAUGUAGUUUGGAAUUUUCUUUUAAAUAAUUUGCUUUUUUCAGAGUGUUUGGGAAAUUUAUAGUCAUUACAAGCAUCAGGUUAUAAAACCAAAUAAACCCUCCCUUUGACUUUUA